AUGAAUAACAACAAUAAUAAUACGCCAUUAUCAAAUCGAUGCGACAGUAUCGAUACAGGAUCGAUUCUUUCAUCCAUUUAUUCAACAAAUAGUGUCUCAUCUGCAACAACAUCAAAUAUUAAUUUACCAAAUCAUUCAUUAUCACAACAGACACCUUCAACAAUAACUUCUGAAUUAGAUUCAUCAGUAAUAAAUAAUACAUCUGUACAACAAAAUGAUCAACGUCGACAAAUUAUUCAACAUCUUGCUCUUUUACUUCAUGCACAUAAAUGCCUUCAACGUGAACGACAAGCUAUUAAUACUGGAGACAAUCAUGAAACAACAUCUCAAUAUCCUUGUCCAGUACCGCAUUGUACAACAAUGCGUACUGUACUUCAACAUAUGACUAAAUGUUCUGAUUUUAAAAAUUGUCCUUUUACAAAUUGUGUACAAUCUCGUCAUAUAAUUCUACAUUGGAAGAAUUGUCAAACACCCAAUUGUUUUCUAUGUGGUUCAUUGAGAAAGCCAUCUACAAUGCGAUCACAAAAUCCACCAAAUCGAGAAUGGCAACAACUCAUACAUCAAGAUCAUCGAAGUCAUUUAGUAAAAAAAGUUACUUCAGCUUUAUUAGGUACAAUUCAACAAGAUAGUCAUUCAUUAAACCCAGAUCGUGUAGCUGCUAUAACAAAUUAUGCUCAAAAAACAGAAGCUGAUGCAUACAAUGCAGCUACAAGUCAUGAAGAUUAUUUUCAACGUUUAGCUGAACGAAUAUAUCGAAUUCAAAAAGAGUAUGACGAAAAACAAUCGUUAAAAAGACAACAAGCUACAACUAUAACAUCAAUUGAUAGAUUAGCGGGUGAGCAAGGUCCACCAAAUCGUAUUGCACCGCAAAUAGAUUAUCCAAUAACACAAAUUAAAACAGAACCAAUGAUUCAUCAUCCGCCAACUAUAACAACAGUACCUCUUGAUAAACAGCGUGGUGCAGCUGAUGCUAGCAAUCGAUUAGCUGUCCAUAAUAAUAAUUCAAAUGUACAUACAGAUACAAAUGGAAAUCAUAGUGAUACAAUACAUAUUAAAACGGAAGAGAUUUCAUUUAAUCAUGAUUCAAAAAAUCAUACAUCAACCAUUGUUAAAAAACAAGACGAAAUCACUAUGGGAAAAUCUUUUAGUAACAGUAAUAUAGAAAAAACAACAGUUGAAACAAUAAAAAGUGAAAUGAUUGAUACAGACUCAAAUAACUCAAAUAAUCGUCCGCCCAUUGAUGCAACAAGUAAAUCCUUACCAAAAUAUCCAGCCGUUUUUUCCCCUGAAGAUAUCCGAGAAAAAUUUACACCUAUACUUCGUCAUAUGUUUGAUCAAGAAGAAGGUUUUUGGUUUCGUCAACCAGUUACAGAAGCAAUUGCACCGGGUUAUUUCGAUAUAAUUAAAUGUCCAAUGGAUUUUUCUACAAUAUUCAAAAAAUUAGAUGAAAAUCAAUAUCCAACACCAUUUAAAUUAUGUGAAGAUAUUUGGCUUGUUUUUAAUAAUACAUGGGCAUUUAAUAAAAAAACCCACCGUGCCCAUAAAGCUGGUGUUAAACUUGCUGAUAUAUUUAUGGAAAAUGUUGAUCCAAUAAUGCAAGACUAUGGUUAUUGUUGUGGACGUCAAUAUGUAUUUUUACCACCAGCAAUGUUUUGUUAUGGUAUCGGUGGUAUAUGUUGUACAAUUCCACGUGAUGGUGAUUAUUUUUAUUAUAAAAAUCCUGAUUCAGCACGAAAUAAUUUAUCGGGUGAUAAAUAUACAUUUUGUAAAAAAUGUUUCGAUUCAGUUAAAUCUGAAUAUAUAUCAGUUGGUGAUGAUCCAGCACAAACAUUAGUUGAAUUACCUAAAUGCGAAUUUAUUCAAGCGAAAAAUGAUCAUCAAGAACCCGAAACUGUGACAGAUUGUAUUGUUUGUUCAAGACGUUUUCAUAAUAUAUGUGUACUUUAUCAUGAACAUAUAUGGCCUGAAGGUUAUGUUUGUAAACUAUGUACACAACAAUAUAAUGUUAAACGAAAAGAAAAUCGUUAUUUAGCACAUAAGUUAACAAUGACUGAUUUAGCUAAUACAUUAGAAAAACGUGUUAAUGAUUUCCUUCGAAAAGAAUGUGAUUUCAAUAAUGAUGGACGUGUUACAAUCCGAGUUUUAGCAGCAAGUGAUCGAAUAUGUGAAGUUAAACCAAGAUUAAAAAAUCAUUUUGGCUCAACAAUACCUGAUGGAUAUCCAUAUAGAACAAAAGCUAUAUUUGCAUUUCAAGAAAUCGAUGGAGUUGAUGUUGUUCUUUUUGGUAUGCAUGUACAAGAGUAUGAUAGUCGAUGUCCAGCACCAAAUACAAGACGUGUAUAUAUCUCAUAUCUUGAUUCUGUACAUUAUUUUCGACCUAAACAACAACGAACAGCACUUUAUUAUGAAAUUCUUAUUGGUUAUCUUGAAUAUGUUAAACAAUUAGGAUUUGUUUAUGCACAUAUAUGGGCAUGUCCACCAAGUGAAGGUGAUGAUUAUAUAUUUCAUUGUCAUCCAGUUGAACAACGUGUACCAAAACCAAAACGUUUACAAGAAUGGUAUAAAACAAUGUUAGAUAUGGCUGUUGAUCAACGAGUUGUUGUUGAUUAUAAAGAUAUUGUAAAAGAUUGUACUGAUAGUGGUGUAAAUAAAGCAACUGAUCUUCCAUAUUUCGAAGGUGAUUUUUGGACAAGUACAAUAGAAGAAUUAAUUAAAGAAAUUGAUACAGAAGAAGAAGAUAGACGAAAAUUAGAAGAACUUGAAGCCGUAAAAGCAUGUGAUGAUAUAUGUUUUGAUGAUUCGAUUGAAACUGAAGAACCAACAGAAUUAUCCGAUAAACGUAAAUCCGGUGGUGGUACAACACAUAAAAAGAAGAAUUUCAAAAAAACUACAAGUCAACGUCGAACAACACGAAAAAAUAUGACAACUGGAAGUGAUCUUAUUACAAAAAUCUAUGGCACAAUGGAAAAACAUAAAGAAUCAUUUUUCGUUGUUCGUUUACGUAAUCUACUAUCAAUAUCUGCAACAUUAACCGAUACAGAUCCAUUAAUUCAAUGUGAUUUGAUGGAAUCUCGUGAUGCAUUUUUAAAUUUUGCUCGUGAAAAACAUUGUGAAUUUUCUUCACUACGUCGUGCAAAAUAUUCUACAAUGGUUUCAUUAAUAGAAUUACAUUCAUCAACAGCAGAUAAAAUGUCACAUUCAUGUAAUUCAUGUCGACAACAAUGUGAUAUUAGAUAUCAUUGUACUAUAUGUGACGAUUAUGAUUUAUGUAAUAAAUGUAUUACAAUUGUUAAACAUGAACAUCGUAUGGAUCGUUUGGACGAAAUAAAUCAAACAACAACAAAUUCUGAUACACCAAUGAAUUUACAACAACAACGACAAGCCACAAUGCAAAAAAUGGUUGAUGCUAUACGACAUGCUAUACAAUGUCGAAAUGCAAAUUGUAUAUUUAAAAAUUGUUCACCAUGCAAACGCUUACUUCAACACGUAAAUGAUUGUACUAAAUUAGCAAGAAAUCAAUGUCAACAUUGCAGUAAACUUCUGGCACCUAUAUGGUUUCAUACAAAAACUUGUACUGAUCAACAUUGUCCAUUACCAUUUUGUCAAAGUUUUAAACAUAAGAUUCAACGUCAACGUGCAGCAACUAUGCAAGCUGAUCGAAGACGUAUUAAAGCUAUGCAUCGAGCUAAUAUAAGACCAGCUCCCUCACCACUGACUUCACAAAAUACUGAACCGACACCAACAACAACAACUUCAACAGCAAAUACAACAGCGACAAAGACAACAACUAAUCAAUAUCAUUCUUCAAUGGAAUCAGCUUCACCAAGUUCAUCAGGUAAAAUGAUGCCAUCAGGUGGUAAAAGUGGCAAACCAUCAUCUAUAAAUGGAUUAGUACGAACUAAUUUACUUCAACCACCACCAUCAUCAUCUCUUCAACAACAACAACAUCCUGCAUAUUAUAAUGGUGGCACUAGUAAUUCUAUCGGUAGUAGUAAUGGAUAUCCAAUGACAAUGACACAUUCUCAACCACCAUCACAACAAUGGAUGGCAGCACAACAACCAAAUCGGUAUGCAUCACAUGGAGGAAAACCAAUGAAUUAUGGCCAACAGAGAAUGCCUUAUCCAGUAGAAUCAUACAUAAUGAGACCACAAACACCACAAAUACCAGCACCUUCAUCAGAUUAUCCAUAUACACCAAGUAUAGCUCAAUCAAGUUAUUCAUCAUAUCCUCAACCAAUGGACACUAAUCCAGGAGGUAUGAUACGUACUGCGAAACCAAUGUUAUCACAACCAUCACAAGUAUCUAAUCGAUAUCCAGUCAAUGCAUAUUAUAAUCAACCUACAUCGAUACCAUAUCAACAACAACAACCACAGAUGCCAUCAGCACCACAUCGUUCUUUUUCACAAAAUAUGACUCCAAAUUAUCCAACAACAAUACCUUCAAAUGGUACUCUUAAUAAACCAAAUAUAAUUGAAUCAAUCGAAUUAAAAUCUGAAGAUUCUUUCGAUGAUCUAUCUAAAUUACAAGUACCACAAUCUCAACAACAACAACAAAUGUUCUAUCCAAUGUUACAAUCUCGUUCACGUGCACAAUCACCUUCAUAUUAUCCAACUAUGCCACCAACAAAUAAUAGUUAUUACUCUUCGCAACGUUCAUUAGCACCAUCAUCUGAAUAUAAUAUGAGUGUUGGACGUGGUGUCCGUGUAUCAUCUGUACCUCCAAAUACUUAUGGAACAUUACCAGUUCAACAACGAGUUUACGGUCCACCUUCAGCCAAUGAUCUUACAAUAGGACUUCAAUCAACACCAUCACCAUCUGUAAAUCCACAUUAA